CUACAAGUCAGCGUCGUCGGCACCGUACAUGAGGAGGUCGGCGACUACUUCCCGGAGUUUCUCGCCAUGCUGGAGUCGUGUAAGUUCCUGCGCGCGGUAAUGCCGUGGGGCCGCAUGUCCGUGCUCGACGGCCAGAGUCCGCGCAAGAGCAACGACGGACCCAUCCUGUGGGUGCGCCCCGGCGAACAGAUGAUUCCCAUAGACAAACACAAGUCGCCGAACAAGCGGCGCCGGGCGAGCGAGCUGAAGAGCCUCGGCAUCAUCUCGCGCGUGACCGAGCCGCGAGAGACCUUCAUCGAAGAUCGGACGCCGUUCCACGCCGACCACGUCGGAGCGGGGUUCGACCGGCAGACGACGGCGGCUGUCGGACUGCUGAAGGCCGUGCACUGCGGGCAGCCAUACUCAUACAACAGAGUGACGAAGGAUGUGAUCUGUUUCCACGCCGGGGAUUUCCAAGAAGUCGUUAAUCAACUGCAGCUGGAUCUUCACGAACCGCCUGUGUCACAGUGCAUACAGUGGGUGGACGACGCGAAGCUGAAUCAGCUUCGUCGCGACAGCAGCGUGCGCUACGCUCGCUUCCAGCUGCGCGACAACUGUAUCUACUUCAUCCCGCGCAACAUCGUUCACCAGUUCCGCACGCUGACGGCCGUGUCGAGCAUCGCGUGGCACGUGCGACUCAAACAGUACUACCCCGCGGGCUACACGCCGGACAUGGACGCCUCCAGCUAGCAUCGCGACGUACGACUCAAGCAGUACUACCCCGCGGGCUACACGCCGGACAUGGACGCCUCCAGCUAGCAUCGCGACGUACGACUCAAGCAGUACUACCCCGCGGGCUACACGCCGGACAUGGACGCCUCCAGCUAGCGUCGCGGCGUACGACUCAAACAGUACUACCCCGCGGGCUACACGCCGGACAUGGACGCCUCCAGCUAGCGUCGCGGCGUACGACUCGAGCAGUACUACCCCGCGGGCUACACGCCGGACAUGGACGCCUCCAGCUAGCGUCACGGCGUACG